ACACCAUUCUUUUCAUAAUUUAAUGCAACUUAUUCUAUUCUUUACCUAAAGCCAAACAUAGAAGAUGGUCUUUCCACUGUCAUUUCUUUCAUUAUUUUUCAAAUAAUACCAAAAUAGCUUACAUAUAAUUUGAGACUUAUUAUUGAUCAAACUAAGGAGAAAAAAAAAAUGGUACAUCACUCUUGUUGCAACAAACAGAAGGUGAAAAGAGGAUUAUGGUCACCUGAAGAAGAUGAAAAACUCAUCAAAUACAUCACAACUUAUGGACAUGGUUGUUGGAGCUCAGUUCCAAAACUUGCUGGUCUUCAAAGAUGUGGAAAGAGUUGCAGAUUAAGAUGGAUAAAUUAUCUAAGACCUGAUUUGAAACGUGGAAGUUUUUCUCAUCAAGAAGCUGCACUCAUUAUAGAACUCCAUAGCAUUCUAGGCAAUAGAUGGGCUCAGAUUGCGAAGCACUUACCAGGAAGAACAGAUAACGAGGUGAAAAACUUUUGGAAUUCAAGCAUAAAGAAAAAACUCUUUUCUCAUGAUUUUAUUCCAUCCUUCACCACAUUUUCUAAUAUUCACACCCCCUACAAUAUUGGUUCUAUGGAUAGUUUCUUCCCUAAUCCUAAUGUGAUACUAAAUAUCAAUCAUCACCAUCAAGAUCAGCUAUAUCUUCCAACCUCAUCUCCAAAUCAACAAGGCUUUCACCAAAUUGAUACAAAGGUAGACAUCAAUAAUCAAUAUAAAUCCAAUUUCAUUCACAUUCAAAAUCCAAUUCAAGAAAUAGUACAACCAAUAUCAAACCCUACACCUUAUGAAGAUACAUGGUCAUUGGAUUGUGUAGCUCUUCAUCUCAAGUCAAAUCAAGAAAAUCAAAUUUCCAAAAGUGAUACAACCCCACUUAAUAGUGUUGACAAAUUAAUCAACCCAAUUGAAUUAAUGCAACAAUAUGAUCAAUAUCAUGAUGAUCCUCACUUAGUUGAACUUGAUCAACCAAUUAUGCCUAAAUUAGUCAAUGAUCAAACCCUUGAGGAUUAUGUUUGUAGCAUCCUAGAUUCAUCUAAUUCCCAAGAACAUGAGACUUCAACAAAAAUUGAGUGCUACACAUCUAGUAUUGUUUAUCCACAAGAUCAAAUUUUGGAAGCUAAUCAAUUGGAUUACAAUAUUGAUGCACUCAUGUCAUCAUUGCCAUCCACAAGUAGCCAAAUUGUCACAAACCAUAUAAUGACUUUAGGAUGGGAGCCUUAAUUAAAAAGCAUUGGUACUAUAUAUGGUAAUUUAAUUUUAUCUAUUUAUAUAUAGAGGGUGUUGUAUAACUUAAUUAUCAAUCAUCAUUUAAUUGUGUAAUGUAGGAUUAUUGUUUUUUUUUCCUUCCCUUUCUAAAGUGUGUGUAGAUUGUAUUUUAUUUUGUUAACCUGAACAUUGCUUGUUCAGGCACUUGCAUUAAGUGAUGCUUGUUGAAGUUCAAUAAAUAUGUAAUGUACUUUAAUUUAAGGUUAAUUUUUUUUUGGCUACAAACUUCAAGGUUCAUUUUCAUGCAUGUACGUAUGUAUGCCACCUUAUUGUACUGGCCACUUUAAGGUUAUUGUAACACUCUCUCUCUCUCUCU